AUGGUGCGUGAGCAGGUACGUCCACGUGCCGAUGCCAUGGCACGCGCUGCGUUGGACGACGAGGAUCUGGUACAAUGGCCUCCGGCGGCCAAAGUUACACGCGCCAAAGCGCCUGCGGUGAGCACUGCGGCCGCCUCGGCGGGGGAGGCGACAACGCCUCGUCGCGGGCCGAUUAUGGGCGCCAUCAUGGAGCGCACAUCGGCGGAGGCGUCUUCCGCCCAUCCCACGGCGUCGCUAGAUGAAAAGCCCAUGUCUGCCUUUCGACGUUCACGCCUUUUGCGCGCCCAGGGCCAGGCACCUGAUCGUUCGCGUCCUCUUGCCUCGUCUACGUCUGCUAUCGCGGAGCGGGAAAAAGAAGCGUCCCCACUCGCCAUGGAUCCCACCCGCGAUCCCGGCGGCGGAGCCGGGCCUGACGCGUUGUCGUCUCUUAUGCACGACAUCUCGGAAGAAAAUGAACGGAAAAUCGCUAGCAUGAACUAUGAAACCAUGGAAGACGAAUUACGUGAUGCCGAGGCGUUUUUCGGCAAAGACAUACUAGCGCGCUUAUCGGCACGACGUCAGGCGUCGGCACACACGACCAACUACCUGGAAUGGGACCCGGGCCAUGCAGCCGAGAGCGACGAGGUGGCCGACCAGCCUGCUCGUCCGACGGCGCGUACGCCUGACGUUGCUCAAGGCGCAGCGUCAUCGACAUCGCGCCGUCCACCUCAAGGAUGGCCCUCGUUAGAGCGGUUUGCCGAGGACGUGGACACAACGUCGGCGCCUCCUGCGGCUCCCUCGGCACCACCGCCGGCCGCGGCCCAGACCGACCUAGCGGAGCAAGCGACGCUCCAGUCUUUGCAUGAUACUUAUUUCCCCGACGAACCUGACGUCGUACCUCCUGCCUUGGAAUGGACCGUGACAUCGGAUUCCCCGUCCUCGCAUGUCUUGGCACGCUUUGAUUUCCAUGGCCACUUGACCAAUGGCGAGCGUACGACAUGGUCCGAAGCGCCUGAUGCGACCUACCUAGCCGGCUUGCAUCAUCACGGUAGCGACCCACAUACGCCAGGGUACACACUCGACGAGCUUUUGCAUCUGGCACGCAGCCAUGUCGCAUCGCAACGGAUCAUGGCCUUGCAGAUUCUCGAGCGGAUUGUUCGUACGUACCCUUUGCAAGAGCGUGAGCGCGAGGACGGCAUGACUGCGCACCUGGCGUACCAGGAUCUCGAGGCCGAGGCACGUCGACGUCGCGCUUCGAUUCUGUACUUUGCCCGGUGGCUCUUGGAUGAUCGGCAUCGAAGUGUACGUAAAGCUGCUGGCGAAUGUCUUGCGUCAGCCGUACAGUCUGUGUCUAUGGUGCCGUCGCAUGCCCUCGCUCUCACAUCCAACCCCCUUUGGGCCGAGCCAGACCUGAAUUGGCUAUGGCAUGCGUCGCGAUCAGCGUCGGAGGCGUGGUCGUGUCAUGCCCAGGCCCCGGCCUUUCAUCAUCCCGAUGCAUCGCCGCUCGAGAUGUGGCAGCACAACUGGGCCGCCGCGUUGCUCGUAUCGAAUGUCUACGAGGCGCUGUCCACAUGGCUCGAGCAGGAUGAGACUGCUGGCCCCACCGUGGUGAGGCUGGUGUAUGGCCUCGUGACUCAUUCCAACGAGGCCGGCACCACCUUGCCACGCUGGCCCCGGCUCGUGCAUGCGUUGGUCUCGUAUGGUCUGACGAAAUAUGCAUGGCCUUUGGGCGAUAUGCCAUGGCCCAUGACCGAGGCGAUGGUCGCCCUGUACCGCUGCGUGCAGUCCUCUCGGGCGGCCGCCCAGGCCUUGGUCGAGCAGGGCGCGUUAGAUCCUAUGCUACGCUACAUCUUACUUCCUCCCCAGGAUGUAUUGACUGGGUCAGCCUCGAGCAAGACCGACUACGAGCAUACCCUUGCCUGCUUGGCUCUACGUACGCUUGCUGUGCUGGGCCGAUUCCGAUGCUUGAGUGUGAGUGUGCGUGAGAUAUGGUCGGCUCUACCGCGUUGGGCUCAGUGGGCGUCUACGCAGUUUGCAUCGAUGCCCAGUGCCGAGGAUGUUCGACUUGCUACCAUGCGUGCUCUCUUUGACGUGUUUGAAGCGUGGACGCACGCUGCUAUUGUCGCGCCGAAACACGGUGAUCUCGGUGUGAACUGGCCCCUGGUCGAAUCCUGGGGCGCCUUGGCCUGUGAUAUGCUGCGUCUUCCUCCCACUACCCUGACAACUACGUCAUCGGCUGCCGCUCUGGGUGUAUACGCCGCAGCUCUUCGGCAUGUAGGUAUGUGGCUGGACGCCGCAUGUGCGCUCCAGGUCGACACAUCGUCGAUGCUUAGCACGGUAACGUCGUUGGAAAGCUCAAUGACGCGCUGGGCCGAUCUUCUUGACACCCUAUUGACGCCCACGCAGGCCCUAGCACUUACGUCGCAACGUCCUGUCACGGUGCACCAUACAGCGUCGCACUUGACGCAUGUAGCAAGUAUGCUCGGUGGCUUGACCAAGGUGUUGCGAUAUACCCAGUGGCUCAAGUUGGAGACACGCGUCAUCGCUUGGAAGACAACGUUACUGCAAUGGCCAUUAUCUAACUUGGUAACCCCGGCCAUGCGCGAUUGUGGCAUUGUGCCGGCUCAGCAUGCAUGGAUCGUGGCACAUUGCUGCAGUGAUACCACGCCCGAACUUCAGCUGGCUUCCGUACGUACAAUGACUGGUACAGAGGGAGCAAUGGCUCGGACAUGGCUUGAGAAGAUUGUCAAGGCCGUCGACCCGGAAGUAUGGUCCGUCUUAUCGCCCUUUUUCCUGGCCAAUAUGCCCCCUAUCAACGACACAUCCAUGCUCGCUGCAUUGCGGUACGACGUAGAGGACGUGCCGUCGUUAUGCCUGCCGGGCCCUUCACCAUGGCCUCUUCCGAUGGACCCGCAAACGGAAGCGGAAUUGUGGCGUAGUCCUGCCGCAGGUCUUCCCUUGCGUCGUGAUUGGGCCUGGCUGGCCUUGGAUGAUCUGCUGCAUAGUGCAGAGGCGGUCGCACUCAAUGCCCGCGAUGCGCUCCCGCCUUCGUGGGAUUACAGCGAAGCGCAGAUUGUCGAGUCGACGCUGCAACUGGUGGAGGCGGUGGCCCACUACGACGACUUGCCCAGUGCGUUCUUAUGGCUUGGCUUGCAGAAAAUCUUUCUGCUGGAAGCCUCGCCGGCCUCUACGCCGCAGGCCACAGGCGCAGCUACAGGGCGCGAUUUGUAUGCGCGUCCCAGCAUCGCUCAGCGUAUGCGGUCCGUCAUUGAAUGGGCCAACAAGCAUGCAUCUCAGCGGCCGCAACCCACGCUCGAAGAGGCUGCUUUGCAAGUGCAUGGUACCGCGGUGCCGUACUAUCAGAUGUAUACGGACCUCAUUGGCCUCUAUGAGGCUAUUUCCAUGAACGAUCCGCUCUUUGCGCAAGUGCUGUUGCCUCCCCUCGCUAUGAUCUACCCGGUGGACUAUAGGCGUUUGGUAUGGAGCGAUUACGCUUCGCUCCUCCCGGGUAUCACGAUCAAGUCUGAUCAAGCGCCUGUCGUCCGUGGCGAGCGGUUGGAGGCAUACUUAUGGCCCUGCGAAACCGAUGCCAUGGUACUCGCUCACUACGCUGAUGCGCUCGUAGCGAAGCGUGUAGGUACGGCCCAGCCAUUCCUGUACGCCAUUGCGCUGCAUCACGUCAGUGCCGCCUUGUGGCAUGAUAAGGAGGUAUGGGGCGCGCCCCUGCGUCUCGCACCGACGCUGCAAGCCUCAUUGGCGCAGCAGAUUUGGUCGCCAUCAACACCAUCAAGUAUACCCGACGCCCUUCUUGCGUACGAGCCAAAGAAAGGCGCGCCGUUCGACGUAGACGCACGUCGCGCGCAGCUCAAAGUAUGGGGUAUUGCCUUGUCUUAG